UGCCGAGAUCGGUGGCACCAUAUUGGACGAGGGUGGCUCGGCAGCCGAUGCAGCCAUUGCCACAAUGUUGUGCGAGGGCGUUGUGCUGCCGCACAGCAUGGGCUUAGGUGGUGGCUUCACUGCCACCAUUUACACCAAGAAAACCGGCCACAUGGAGGUGUUGACUGCGCUUGAAACGGCGCCAGCUGCAGUUACAGAAGACAUGUUCGUUGGCCAGGAGAAUAUCAACGGGGCAAUAACGAGUGGUGUGCCCAGUGCGGUCUACGGUUACUGGAAACUGCAUCAAAAAUAUGGCAAGUUGCCCUGGGAGCGUCUCUUUGAACCGACUAUCGAGAUAUGUCGACGUGGUAUUUUGGUCUCACGCCAUUUGGCUGGCGCUUUGGCCCACAAUGAGGAGCAUAUUCGCAAUGAGAUCUCCAUGUCAGAGGUCUUUAUUAAUCCGGCUACUAAUGAUCCAUAUAAGGAGGGCGAGAUCAUGUACCGACAUGUUUUGGCAAAUACACUGGAAAUUGUUGCUAUAGAAGGGCCGGAGGUUAUUUAUCGCGGUGGUCGCAUUGGCCGCAUGCUCAUCGAGGAUAUAAAGGCCACGGGUGGCAUUAUUACCGAACACGAUCUAAAAGAUUACGAUGUACGCUGGGAGAAACCUCUACGUGCUCGCAUCAACAAUGGCCAUGAGCUGUUUACGUCGCCAUUGCCCAGCAGCGGAGCCGUAUUAGCCUUCAUCUUGAACGUCAUGGAAUCAAUGUAUGUGAGCAGCAGAGACAAGUAUUGGCAUCGUUUGAUUGAGACGUAUAAGCAUGCGUUUGGGUAUCGCACCAAAUUGGGUGACAUUCACUUUGAGCCCUCGGUGCGGGAGAUCUACAAAAAUCUAAUCAAUCCGAAAUUUGCAGCAAAGAUUCGCAAGCUCAUCUUGGACGAUCGAACGUUUGAAGAUAUCUCUUACUACGGGGCCAAUUACAGCAAUGUCGAAGAUCAUGGCACGGCUCACAUUUCUGUGCUGGCGCCCAAUGGCGAUGCCAUCUCGGUGACCAGCACAAUUAACGGACCCUUUGGUGCCAAGGUGCGAUCCCGUCAAACGGGCAUCAUACUGAACAAUGAGAUGGACAACUUCUCGAAGCCGGACGUAAUGAGUGCCUUCAAUAUACCCGCUAGUCCGGCCAAUAAUAUAAAGCCCGGCAAGCGUCCUAUGUCCUCCAUCUGCCCCAGCAUCGUACUCGACGAUGGUGGUAAUGUGGCGCUGGUGGUGGGCGGUGCCGGUGCCUUCAAAAUAACCACCUCAGUGGCACAAGCGAUUCUCCACUAUUUCGUACUGCGCGAGCCCAUCCAGGAGGCGGUCAAUAGCGGCCGGUUGCACCAUCAUCUGGUGCCCAUGGUGAUCGACGCGGAGCCAGAGGUGCCCAAACAUACCAUCAAUUACUUGCUCAAUCUCGGUCACAAGGUCAACAUUCUGACCAAGGAUACAGCCUUUUCCGCUUUGACAGCCAUCGGCUACAUGGAAGAUGAGCCGGAGCCCGUUUGCGACCAUCGGCGCAUUGGUAGCGCCGUUGUCGUAGAGCUCACCAAUGAUAAUUGAACCGAGAUCUCAGCAUAAAGCACACACACCUCUAUUGUUAUAUCUCAGUUAGUUAUCAACUAUCUAUUAUUAAUUACAGUUUGGAAUAAAUUUUAAAACCUUUGCUAUUUAUGCACUCA